CAGCGUCGGCAGAGGAUUUUGAGCUGGAGGAUCUGGCGCCCGCGUGUUCAGUCCGCGGCAGUGGAGCUGAUGGAGGCGCGAUGGCUCCUUUUCCCGAUGAGGUGGAUGUUUUCACGGGCCCUCACUGGCGCAUGAAGCAGCUGGUGGGUCUUUACAGCGAAAAGCUGUCCAACACAAACUUCUCCAACAACAGGGACUUCCGGUCGUUCCUGCAGUCGCUGCUGGACACUUUCACCGAGUUCAAGAAGCACGAGCAGAUCGAGAACGAGUGCAUCAUGGAGCUGCUGCAGGAGCGCAGCCACACCGUCUACCACGUCCACGCAGACAACAAGCUGAGCGACAUGCUCACACUCUUCCAGAAGGGGCUGCGCAGCGUCACGAGCGAGUUCGAGCAGCUGAAUUACGCGCAGCAGCUGAAGGAGCGACUGGAGGCUUUCACACAGGACUUCAUUCCUCACAUGAAGGAGGAAGAGGAGGUGUAUCAGCCGAUGCUGAUGGAGUAUUUCUCCUAUGAGGAGCUGAAGGCCAUCAAGCAGCAGGUGAUGCUCCAGCACUGCAGCUCUCAGUGUCAGUCCAGCUGCUCAGACACACACACACUGCUGAAGGGCCUCAGUCUGUGGAGCCACGCCGAGCUGCAGAAGGCCUUCAAAUACUCCGACCAUGAGAAGACUGGAGAGGAGCGUGUGUUGGAGCGUGUGUCGGUGUCGUCUCUCCCGCAGGAGCUGCUUCUGCGUAUCUUCAGGUUUCUGGGUCCGCAGGAUCUGUGCCGCUGUGCUCAGGUGUGCAGCGUCUGGACUCAGGUGACCAGAACCGGCUCUCUGUGGAGGCACCUGUACCCGGUGCGCUGGGCCAGAGGUGAGUAUUACAGUGGUCCUCCGGGUGAUCUGGAUCUGGAGCCGGAUGAUGAUUGGAUAAAGAGUCUCCAGGACGAUGGAAGAGCCUAUCAGGAGUGGGACGAGGAUGCAGACGUGGACGAAUCAGAGGAGGCGUCUGCAGAGCGCUCCUCCAUCAGUGCUCUACAGAGAGAGAAGCUCCUGCUGAACGGGAUCAUCCAGAAGCUGCUGCCAGCCGUUGGGUCCUCGGUGCGCUCGCUCAGCCUGGCCUACAGCUCCACGCUCUCCAGCAAGAUGGUGCGGCAGAUGCUCAGUCUGUGUCCCAAUCUGACCCAUCUGGACCUCACGCAGACAGACGUCUCAGACUCGGCCUUCGACAGCUGGUGUGCGUUGGGUGCGUGUGGGACUCUGCAGCAUCUGGAUCUGUCCGGCUGUGAUAAAAUCACGGAUCGAACCCUGAAGAUCCUCUCUGUGGGUUUGGGAGAUUCGUCAACACCCAGCCCAGCCCACAAACUCCUGCAAGCUCCGCCUUCUCCAAUCAGAAUAGAGGAGCCCCGCCUCCAGCCAAUGGGGCGCAGCUGUCAGGAUCUCAUCUUCAAGCGCAGGCCUGGGGGGCGUGGCUCAGGCUGUGGUCCCACCCACAUCUGGGUGCUCGAUCCAGUCAAAUUAGCCGACAUCGAGGAUGCUGCUGAUUGGAGCAGACGAGGAGGCGUGGCCUCACAGGAGAUUGGCUGUGGUGGUAUUUCAGAAGCACUGAGUGCCUCGUGCUGCUGUAGGAGGAGCCAGAGGCGAGGCUUUAGGACUGGACUAAGCUCCUCCCCCUGGCAGUAUGGCGACGCCCUCUGCGGCCACUCCUCCUGCUGCAGCUCGGAUGCAGCAGCGCUUCGGACUCAAUCAGACCUCCAGGCCACAGGGGGCAGUGCUGAGUUACGGACUAAAUGUUGGUUUGAGGGCCAAUCCUGCGCGGAGCAUCACAACAGAACUGACCAAUCAGGAGCUCAGCGGGCGCUUCGGUUCCUCAGCCUAUCCGGAUGCCAUCAGAUCACAGACCUCGGCUUAAGGUGUGUGUGUCUGCGCGGCGGUCUCCCUCUCCUGGAGCACCUCAAUCUGUCCGGCUGUCCGCUGAUCACGGGGGCGGGGCUUCAGGAGGUGGUGUCUGCUAGCCCCGCCCUAAACAUCGAACACUUCUACUACUGCGACAACAUUAACGGUCCUCAUGCAGACACAGCCAGCGGGUGCCAGAAUCUGCAGUGCGGCUUCAGGGUGUGCUGUCGCUCUGGAGAGUGAUGCUCCUGUCUGUAUAUAUACCUCUCUCUCUCUCUCUCUCUUUCUCUCUCUCUCUCUCUCUCUCCCUCUCCCUCCCUCUCUCUCUCUCUCUCUCUCAUCCACAUGCACUUUAUUCAGGACUCGUUCUGCUUCCCCCAAAGUACAAAACGCUUCAUUAAAGUCAGAUUGGCCGUUUCUGAGGUAUUGUGAAGGAACUAAAUGUAAAUUUGUAAAUAAGUGGAAUAACGUCACAUGGGGUGAAUGAUCGCUCUGAUUGGACAGAUUGAGAACUUCAAAAUGUCGCUUCAACUUUUCUUCUUGUUUUUGUUGUUGAUUUGUUUUAGUGCUGUCAAAGGAUUAAUCACAUCUUAAACAGCAGCUGGUGUUUAUAUGAUACAUCUGUGUACUCUGCAUAUUUAUUAUUCAUAGAGAAAUACAAAUAUAAUUAAUAUGAAUAUGGAUAUAAUUACUUGUAUAAAAUGAAAACCUUUUACGAUUAUUAAUUCCUUUAGUUGUAUAAUAUUUGCAUAUAAUUUAUACUAUAUAUAAUCACACAUAUACCAUGCCUGUUUGCAUGCGCACACUCAUAAUAAAUACGCACAGUACACACACACAUGUAUAUUAUAUAAAUGCAAAGUUUUAUUUUUAGAUGUGGUUAAUCUCGAUUGAGUGUUUUGACAGUAUUAGUAUUGAGUAUUUCACACAGGCAUAUUGAGCUCAUAUGAUGCCUCUAUCUUCAUCUCAAGCUCCAUUCUGGGUUUAUUAAAGCGACGGGUCACCCCUAAAUUAAAGAUUUUAUCUUGGUAUUUUCUCACUUGUGAACACUUCCUAACCGGUUUGAGGUUUUAUUUUUUUGUUAAACAGAAGAGAUAUUUUGAAGAAUGUUGAAAGCCAGUGUCUAUUGACUACCACAGUAUUUGUUUUCCCACUAUGGUAGUCAAUGUCCUGGAAACAUCUCGAGUUCAGCAAUAUAAAAUGAAACUCAUAAAUGUUUGGAACCCAUCGAGAGUGAGUAAAUGUUCAUUCGUUUGGGUGAACUGUCUCUUUAAACUCCCCCGCUGUGAUUGGUCUGUUCUGGAGGUGAGAGUUUGCGAAUAGGAAAUCUCUCUAGGUAAUCGAAUCCGCUUGAGUGUGUCAGUACUGCAGCUCUCCUGGAGAACGGCUGUAAUCGUGUUCGUUCAGAGCUUUAACUGAUGCGGAUGCCAGAUGCUCUCUGUGUGAUAUCUAAACACCUGGCAACCUGCUCUCAUCAGCGGUGCGAGUGGGUUUGUGAGCUGUAAAAGUCCUGGGUUUAUUAAUACACUCAUCCUUCAUGGUUUUAGAUGCUGCAUGACCUGUUUUCUUUUGGGUUCAGGAGGUGACCAUUAAAAGCAUCUUGAGAUAACACAG